AGCCGGGGCCAGGCCGGAGCGGCCCCGGGAACCGGAGCGGCCUCCGCAGCCCGUGGCCAUGUCUCAGGCCACUUACAAUAAGAUGUGGACAGAUGCCCAGAAAGACCUCGACAUCCAGCUCCAGAGAGAAAGAGAAGAGUUCCUCCAGCCAGAGCAGGACCUCGUGAAAGUGUUCAGGAUGCUGGCCACUUCCUACAUCAAAUACAUGCAAAUCUUCCAUACCCUGGAGACAGCCCAUGACCAACUCCUUCACCAGCAGAAACGGGCAUUGAUUCGGCAAGUGCUGGAUGGUGUGAUCGGCCGCAUCCUGGAGCUGAAAAAAGAGAUGGUGGAUCUGGAGAAAUCAGAGGUUCAUUACAUUGAUAAUAUCCUGGAAGAUCUAAGGCUUCUCCCGGAAGCUCUAGAAGUACCUAUCCCAAGGUAUUUCAUUAAAGAGCAGCUGGAAGUCUUGCAGCAGAGGGAGAAAAUCCUGGAUCAGAUUUUGCUUGAGGCUGGAUUGCAAGCAGAGGAACCCGUCGAGGCCAUGACAUUUGAAGAAGCCAUUAAAAUUAUCCAGGUUGCAGAGCGAGCUCGCCAAGGCCGCUGUCGAGCGGCAUUCAUGAAUCGAAUUUACCUUGCAGAGAAGAGGGCAAAACAGCCUAAAGUUGAGAUCAAGAUGGGUCUGAGUCCAGAUGAUGCUGCCACUCGCAUUCAAAAGGUUUGGCGUGGAUGUGUCCAGCGCAAGAAAACAGAGAGCCUGAGAGAGGAGGAAAUGGUGUUUCUGGGGAUGAGCCUACCUCCUCACUUAAGGUCAAUGAGUCUUCUGCAGAUGGAUGCUGGGCAAGUAAGUGCCCCGCAAGGUGGGAUCCAGGAGAGAGAUGAUGAGAUAGCCAUCAAAAACAAGCUGAGAGAAGCAGAGGGGCUCAACAUCAAGGAAACUCUCCAGGACCAGAUUGGCCAGUGUUUCAUUGAGUGCCGGCACAUCGUGGGCAGGUUCCCUGACUAUCCCAUUGAAGAGGCAGGAGGGUCAAUGGCUAUUCUUUCUCAGAAUACUCCAGAGGAGGUAGCUGCAGAACUGGCUGCCAAAAGGGAGAAAGCUUUGGAGAAAAAGGACCAGAAGGGCGAAAAAGAAAAAGGAGGAGAGAAAGAAAAACCCAAAGACAAAAAAGAUGAGAAAAGUAAAAAGAAAGAAAAGGAUGAAGGCUGGAAAAUGGCUCCGAGUAAUUUCCUUUCAAUAAUGGAGGAAGGAAACAGUCAAUACAAAGCUGUUUGGCAGAACAGAGACGAGGGAUGGGAUUUUCUCCAGGAUCACGACCCGGAGCUGAUGAAAGAAGAGAAACGGGAAGAAGUGGAGAACGAGAUCAGAGAACAGGUUGAUGCAUUGAUGCGGCAGAAACUGGAGAAUCUCAGGCUGGCUGUGGAUGGAGAGAAGAGUUCCAAAGCCAAGAAAGGGAAAAAGAGUGAUAAGGUAAGAGCAAAGAAAACAACCACAAGGAAGAAGAUAUCUGAGCUGGAAGAAGAUCUGACUCCUGACAGGACCAUCGAUUCUCUGUACAAGGAACUGGUGGAAGAAGAAUUACUGAUAAAAGCCAAGACCGUGCAUCUCUCAGAUUAUGUUGGCGAGUACAGCUAUCUGGGGACCACACUUCAGCAGGCAGACAGAGAGCCAGUGCCCUCUCUUGCAGAUAUCAGACAGCUAAUAGCACUGUAUGGAAUACUGCCAUUAGGUUCCCAAACAGUCCAUGAGAAGGCUCCUUUGGUGAAAGCCUUGUUACUAGCUGGACCUGCUGGCGUUGGAAAGAAGAUGUUGGUCCAUGCCAUCUGCACAGAAACAGGAGCCAACCUCUUCAAUUUAUCCGCUUCCAGCAUUACUGGGAAGUAUCCAGGCACGAGUGGCCUGAAAAUGAUGCUUCACAUGGUUCUUAAGGUGGCCAAGCAAUUGCAGCCUUCAGUUGUGUGGAUUGGAGACACAGAACAGAUAUUCUCUAAAGCAGCAUCGAAGGCUGAUAAAGAGACGGGCCCAAAAAGACUGGAAAAGAUGCUCCCCAAAUUCCUGAAGGCUCUGAGAGCACCGGACAGAGUGCUGCUUGUGGGAACCACCAACCGCCCCUUCGAUGCCAACCUUAAACCUUUCUGCAAAGUCUACCAGAAAAUCAUUGUGAUUCCUAGGCCUGACUAUGCUUCCAGAUUUGUGUUAUGGAAACACAUCAUCCUGCAGAACGGGGGAGCGAUCACCAGCUUACUGAACCUAAGCUGCCUGGCAAAAGUCUCGGAUGGUUUCACCCCAGGACAACUGAUCCGGGCAGUGCAAGCUGUGCUGACCAAGCUGCGCCUCUUGCAGAUGAGCAGGAAGCCAUUGAGGACUGAUGAGUUCAUAGGUUUCCUGGCCAUGCAGGAUCCAGUGUACAGAGAGGAGGAGGAAGCAUUUAAGGCUUGGUAUGCCAAGACCCCACUGGGCAGGGCACGAACCAGAGCCCUGGCAGGCAACGCAAAAGCAGGAAAAGGGAAGGGAAGUAAAGGGAAAAAGUAGCAUCCUCAAGGAUUUUGCAGCUGGCAAUACCCAUCACAGCUCGACUUCAUCCAACCCCAUCCGCACGGAAGAUGAGAGGAAAGCAAACACAUUGGAAUAACACACCCCAAGUCAGAGGUAUUCCAAGAAAGACAAUUCCUUUCUGAAUGAGUUUUACAGAGCUGAAACCCAUCAGCUGAGACAUCCAUGUGACAUGUAGCUCUCAGAGGGUAAAGAGUUAAUGACCACUGACUUGCUCAAGCAUUAUUUAUUUGCAGAGAUUUUAGGGGGCAGAAGGUUCAUUACUCAGCACUGUAACAUGCCAUCAACUUUUAGGCUGUACUCAUUUAUUUCAGCAAG